AUGGAACGGAACCCCAUCGGUGAUAAGAAAAGACCCAUCAGCCCUCUUGCAAUAAUCGCCGUGAAACGAUUUAGCUUUGAGGGCAUCGACAAAAGACAAGAUUUCUGCGCAAGCAAAAAUCCAAGAGCUGGGACAACGCCGGCGGAGGCUGAGGCAGAUAAGUCUCUGACGAUUGUAUCGGAAUCUCUACAAGUUGUGAUAAGCGAAACCAGAAGCACGGGAAAAACUCCGUCUAUUAUUUGGAGCGAUAACAUAGAUGGUUUUGAACCGGAGAAGACAUUUCUGACAUUUAGUGUCGAUGAAGAUGAACAUAUAAUUCACUUGAAGUCGGUAGAUGGAAUGAAUGAACAUAUUGAGAAACCUACCAUUUUAAAUCACGAGAAAGAAGAUGCCAUGAUAAGCAGCCAAAAUGGAACUCCGAAGAUCGUGCGCCAGGAUUGGCUCCUUCGUCAGAACCGAAAAACCAAAGCACUUCCGAUCCAAAGUCGAAUUUUUUUUGUGAACCGUCAGACUAAAGUGUUCAAAAUCUUCUGGGUGCUGAGGUUUCUAGAAAAGUACUCGAUGAAAAUGACAAUUUUGCAAAGUAUUGUAAUACUACAAACCCCAUUAGCGGCUAACGAUACAAAUCAAGAAUUUCUCGCAGAAAUUCAGGUCAGACUAAAGAAAAAGUGGAACUGUCAGACUCAGGGACACUUGAUUCCCCAGUACAUGAGGCAAAUCCUACGCGAACACAGAAAGCUUCAUACGACCGAAAUGCAAAGGACUUUCCGGCUUACAUGA